AAUCAAACCUCACUGUUUCUGUUCCCGGCCUGCAGGGGGCAGCAGCGGCUCUUUGUGGAGGAUAAAGCGGAACUCUUGUGUUUGCCAUGUUUCCUUCGGACGCCUGCAGAGUGGGGCCAGUGUUCAGAAGAGGGCAGACCGACUACUGGACCGUGAUGCAGAGCGGCUGGCUUCAUUCAGGUCCGCAGCUGUGGCUCCGCUGCGUCCACAGACAGGUGAGGGUGACGGCGGGAAAGCAGCGGGAGGAGCACCGCGGCUGGCUGCUGACCGUGGACCCGGUCUCCCACAGUGUGGCUCUGGUGAGCUUCGGGGAGGACGGUGCGUCGGUCCAGGUGGUUCUGGGUCACGCCGUGGAAGACGUGGAAGUUCUGCAGGAACCGGACCCGGACACGGAGGAGCGGCUCCGCUCCCUCUUCCCGCCUCCGGAGACCGGUGGCCCGGAUCCGGACGAGCGACACUGGAGGAGGUCUGGAGUCCGCCGCUGGCUCCAGCAGAACCGGGUUCCGGUAGAGGAGGAUGGGAACGAACUUCGGGUCGCCCAUGUUCUGACCAUCCGGGCCCCAUAUCGACCCGACGACUGCAGCAGCGCCAACCAGAUCAUCCUGGACCGGGUCCAGAGACUGCUUCGGGUCCAGCCCGACCAGGUUCCAGAUGGACCCGUUCCACCUGGAACCAGUGACGGAUUAUAAAGGGCAUUGAGACGGAUCCAGAGCGGUUCUGGUUCAGUCUGGAACCAGUUCCUGUUUAACUGGCUUUAGAUGAGCCGUUCGUACCAAACGGGUUUCUGGACCACAGUCUGAAUCUAUCGGAAGCUCCUGAACAGAACCAGGUGGAAACGGGUCACGCAAUUGGGUUCCUCCGAUGUGCAUUGCUCUUUAAAUCUGAGGGCUGAAGCCCCGCCCCUUCCUGCUGGUCUCCUCCAAUCAGCUGAUCAUGAAUCAGUUUAGUUUGAAUCCUUUCAAACCAAAUUGACUUUCCGGUCCCGUUGUGUUUCUCUGGACCUGUCAGCUAGUUGGGUUUACAGUUUUCCAGAACCGGGUCACGGACAGUGCGGUCCCAAUUGAUCAAAUAAAUCAGAUUCUACCAUUAAUCAGA